UGCUCGCCGUGUACGUAACGAGAGGAGAAAUGACUGAACAGAGGGGGGAUUGUUCCGCUUUGCCCUCGACACCAGCGAGUUAACGAGAGAAGAAGGAGCGCAGUCAAGCUGUCCGACUAGAGGAAUGUCGUCACGAACAGAAACGACACUCGGUUAUUCGGGGAGUUUCAUCAAACAGACGUCGGACGCUGAUAAACGGGCAGCCACCUAACCGACAUUAGCCCGUGUGUCGGUUCUUUGACAGCUUCAGGUUCCCGCCUUUCACCUGUUUGCUGCAUGACAGUUGACGUGUUAAUCAGGAGGAUUAACGCCAGGUGUGAAGCGGCCAGCUAGCUGCUAGCCACCUAGCUGAGGUGGCGGUGGCGGUGACAGCCACGUCAGCUCACUUUAGCUUAUCGCCAUCUCUCUCUCUCUCUCUUCCUCUUCUGUGCUCUUGCUGAGGUUUUGUGAGUCACAUUAUCCCCCCCAAAAAAACUUCACCUGAGUGUUUUCCUGACACGUAUGGCUCCAAUGGGCAUCCGACUGUCUCCGCUCGGUGUGGCGGUGUUCUGCCUCCUCGGAGUCGGCGUCAUCUACCACCUGUACGCCGGGGUCAUCUCCAACCGCUGGGCUGCUUUCAGACAGAGGAGCAAGGUGGACCUGAGGGACCUGCUGGCUGUCUCAGUGGAGGCCGCGGUGCUAGGUGGCAAAGAGGUGAAGAAGGUGCGCAAUGAAAAUAGCCUGAAUGAGAAGACAAAGGGCAAGACGAAGGAGGGAGCCAAUGAGCUUCUGACUAUGGGUGACCUGCAGUCGCAUAGGAAGAUGUUUAACCUCAUAAGCAACACCUUCCCUGAUGUCACGGUGAACAGCGAGGAGCAUGACAACACGGUGGACAAGGCUGCAUCCUGGAGCCGGGACAUUCCAGCCAACAUACUAGACAAGAUAGAGGGGGGCAAGGAGGUUCCCGCCGAGAGCAUCACUGUGUGGAUCGACCCUCUGGACGCCACACAGGAAUACACAGAGAAUCUGGUGAAGUUUGUGACCACGAUGGUGUGCGUGGCCGUAGAUGGUAAACCAGUCAUUGGGGUCAUACACCAGCCCUUCACUGAGUUCACUGCCUGGGCGUUUGUAGGUCAUGGGUCAAAUAUGAGUCCCCGUCCGUCCUACAGUGUCAGCCCUCCGAAGGUGAUCGUAUCACGUUCCCACUCCGGAAAAGUUAAAAGCUUUGUUCAGGACGCUUAUGGAAACGGCACAACGAUCAUACCAGCAGGUGGAGCAGGAUAUAAGGUCCUGUCACUCCUGGCGAUGCCUUUGAGUGAACCAAGUUCUAUGGACCAGGCAGACGUUUACAUCCAUGUCACCUUUAUUAAGAAAUGGGACAUCUGCGCUGGUGCAGCACUACUGAAUGCACUGGGAGGCCACAUGACAACACUAAAGGGUGAGGACAUCGACUACAGUGGAGAGCCUCUCAACAAAGGAGGACUGGUGGCCAGCGUUGGUGUGGACCACAAGGCCUUACUGGAGAGACUUCCAAACUGGGAACCUGAAAAGCACUGAGGCACGCACAAAGACAGAGCCAUUGGUAGUUUGGUCAGGUUGUGGAAAGGGCAGCAUGUGGCAGCGCUUUUCUAUUACAUAGAGUGGGCUGUGACCGGGCCCGAGCCACUUCAUCGUCGUGUGACACCGAACAUCCACCCAUCAGAUGGAUUGGUGUCACCGUCACGGGCCAUCAAGUGGGACUGUGGAACCAACAUGGCUGCCGCCAUAUACUGCAAUGGCUGACACAAUGGCUCUGAACUCACACUCCUGG